AAUUAAUAAUUCUCGAACCUUAAAAGUAGUGGUAAAAAGCGGAACCUUUGGUGCGGCUUAACGAGUCUACCGGAGUGUAGUUAGUGUGGCACAGUGUCAAAAUCACAAGUCCAGAGCUGCAAAGCUUUUUGAGGGACAAACGUUCAAUCCGAGGUUCACAUGAUGGAGGAGGAGGAUGAUUGUCCAGAGUUGGUGCCCAUCGCAAGCGAUCCAGGUCCCCCAGCUCAGCAGAUCCCAGUCACCAUCAUAACUGGAUACCUUGGAGCAGGGAAAACCACACUCCUGAAUUAUAUCUUGACAGAACAACACAACAAACGGAUUGCAGUGAUCCUGAAUGAAUUUGGAGAAGGAAGCGCUCUUGAGAAGUCGCUUGCAGUGAGCCAGGCAGGAGAACUGUAUGAGGAGUGGCUGGAGCUGAGAAACGGCUGCCUCUGCUGCUCUGUUAAGGAUAAUGGACUUAAAGCCAUAGAGAACCUGAUGGAGAAGAAAGGAAAGUUUGACUACAUCCUUUUAGAAACUACAGGACUCGCUGAUCCUGGAGCUGUGGCCUCCAUGUUUUGGGUUGACGCAGAACUUGGAAGUGACGUCUAUUUAGAUGGCAUUGUGACGGUGAUUGAUGCCAAGUAUGGGCUCCAGCAACUAAAAGAGGAAAAAGCAGAUGGACUUGUCAAUGAAGCAGCCAGACAGAUCGCUCUUGCAGAUCUUACCAUUAUCAAUAAGACAGACCUGGUGGAGGAGGAGGAACUGAACCAAGUCCGAGACUCUGUCAGGUCUAUAAAUGGUCUUGUAAAGAUUCUGGAAACUCAGAGAUCAAGGGUGGAUCUCUCUCAAGUGUUGGAUUUGCAUUCGUUUGACUGUAAGGAUGGAGCGAAGCUUUCUGAGAAGCUCCAGCAUUUGAAACCUACCAGACCACACCUAGACAAGAGUAUUUUAACCGUAACGUUUGAGAUAUCUGGAGACCUCCAUGAGGAUGCCCUAAAUGCCUUCAUCCAAGAUCUGCUUUGGGAGAAGAAGUUCUGUAACAAAGCAGGGGAACCCAUGAGUGUCAUCCGGUUGAAGGGCAUAGUAUCGUUUCCAGGUAAAGCCCACCAAGUGAUGCUGCAGGGGGUCCAUGAGCUAUAUGAGUUGAAUGAGACUCCACAGCUUUGGGAGGAAAACCCACAUACAAACAGGCUGGUCUUUAUAGGCAGGAACCUGGACAAGGACAUUCUACAUGAGGUUUUCACGUCUACUGUUGUAAAGGAUGAAGGAAAAGUUAGUUAAAGGGUAUUCUCUGAAGAUCACUAGGGGACUGUGUGGUAGUAAAGGUUAUGGAAGAUCUAGCACUACAUCUGUGACAGAGUCUAUACUACUCUACUGUGAAAUGAAGAGUAAAGAUAACUUUAACUUGUGAUGAUUCACCACAACCUGCUUUAA